AUGGUUAUUAGCGCGGAACAAUUUACUCGCCAGGCACAGGAAGCCCUGCAGCGUUCCCAGGAACUGGUAAGCAACUACCAGCACAAUCAGUGGGACGUCGAGCACGUGCUGCUGGCCCUGAUCGCUUUGGAAGACGGCUUGCCGGAAAAAAUCCUUCGUGACCUCGGUGUGGACCCCGAGGUCCUGAAAACACGCUUGCAUCAGAUUCUGGAAGCAGCUCCCAAAGUGGUCUCAGAUACCCCACAGAUAUUCAUUACCCCCAGGUUGCAACGCCUGUUGCAGACGGCCCGCGAGGAAUCCCAACGCCUCGCAGACGAGUUCAUCAGCGUCGAACACCUGCUGGUUGCUGCCGCACGCGAAAGCUCCGGCGAUUCAGCCCGCCUGUUCCAGGAAUUUGGCAUCAAUCAGGAGUUGGUGUACCAGGCCAUGCAAAAAUUGCGUGGCGGCGCCCAUCGCGUGGACGACCCCAACGCCGAGCAGCGUUACCGCUCGCUGGAAAAAUACAGCGUCGACCUUACGGAACUGGCCCGCAUCGGCAAACUCGAUCCAGUGGUCGGUCGCGACAACGAAAUUCGCCAGGUAAUGCAAACCCUCACCCGCCGCACCAAGAACAACCCGGUGCUCAUCGGUGAAGCCGGCGUCGGCAAAACCGCCAUCGCCGAGGGACUCGCCAUCAAGAUUCUGGACGACGACGUUCCCGAUUCCCUGCGCAACCGCCGCGUCAUGGCUCUGGACAUGGGCCGUCUCGUUGCCGGCGCCAAAUUCCGCGGCGAGUUUGAAGAACGCCUCAAGUCAGUCAUCGACGAAGUCGAAUCAGCCAAGGGCGAGAUCAUCAUCUUCCUGGAUGAGAUGCACACCCUCGUGGGCGCCGGCGCCGGGGAAGGUGGCCUGGAUGCCAGCAACAUGCUCAAACCGCCUCUGGCUCGCGGUGAAUUCCAGGCCAUUGGCGCCACCACCCUCGACGAAUAUCGCAAGCACAUCGAACGCGACCCGGCUCUCGAACGUCGCUUCCACCCCAUUUAUGUCGAUGAGCCCACCGCAGAACAGACCCUUACCAUCCUGCAGGCGCUCAAACCUCGCUACGAGGCACACCACAAGGUAACCAUCAGCGAUGAUGCCCUUGAGGCCGCCGUCCGCCUGAGCAGCCGGUACAUUACCGAGCGCCGCCUUCCCGACAAGGCUAUCGACUUCAUCGACGAAGCUGCCAGCAAAGUCCGUAUUGAUGCCGGCACUCUGCCGCCCAGGGUGCAGGAUCUUGAGACCGAACGCCGACGCCUCCAGGACCUCGAAGAACGCGCCAACCAAAUGAGCGAUUACGAGCGCGCCGCCAGCUACCGCACCGAACGUAUCCGCAUCGAGUCCGACCUCACCACCGAGCGCGAGUCUAUUGAACACACUACUGGACCCGACCUUGUGGUGAACGAGAAGGACAUUGCCGAGCUGGUUUCGAACUGGACCGGUAUUCCCGUCGGCCGUCUGUUGGAAGGCGAGGCGGAGCGCCUCCUUCACAUGGAGGACGACCUGCACCACCGCGUGAUUGGCCAGGAUGAAGCCAUCAGGGCAGUGUCCGAUACCAUCCGCCGCGCCCGGUCGGGGCUCAACGACCCCAAGCGUCCCUUCGGCAACUUCAUCUUCCUCGGACCCACCGGCGUGGGAAAAACCGAACUGUGCCGGGCGUUGGCCGAGUUCCUCUUCGAUGACGAAGAGAGCAUGAUUCGCCUGGACAUGUCCGAAUACGGUGAACGCCAUACGGUUUCCCGUCUCAUCGGCGCGCCUCCGGGUUACGUCGGCUACGACGACGCCGGCCAGCUCACCGAGGCCGUCCGGCGCCGCCCCCAUCGGGUCAUCCUCUUCGACGAAAUCGAAAAGGCUCACCCCGAUGUUUUCAACCUCCUGUUGCAAAUCCUCGAAGAUGGACGCCUCACUGACGGCCACGGCCGCACGGUAGACUUCCGCAACACCGUCGUCAUUAUGACCAGCAACCUGGGAACCGGCGAUUUGUCGCAACGUCCUUUCGGCUUCAACCCCGGUUCCGACAACGCGCCGGAAACCGGGCGGGUCUCAAGUGAACUAUCCCGUUCCGUACAUGACGCAUUGCGUCGAACCUUCCGUCCCGAACUCCUCAACCGCAUUGACGAGAUUAUCGUGUUCCAUCCGCUCAGCCGGUCGCAGAUCGGACAGAUCGUCGGCCUGAUGAUUGCCGAGGUGCAGGAGCGACUCACCGAGCGCGACAUCACCUGUGAACUCACCGAAGCCGGUUGCAACUGGUUGGUAAACGAAGGCUUUGACGUGACCUACGGCGCACGGCCCCUGCGCCGCGCCAUCCAGCGCCACGUGGAGAAUCAGCUCUCUCGCGGGGUGCUGUCCGGCGAUUUCAAAGCCGGCGACCACAUCGUUAUCGAUUUGAACCCGGCCGGCGACGGUCUGGACCUCAAAGCAGGAAUGUUGGCCCCCGCCGAACCUUCACCGGUGGCCGCACUCUGA